AUGGACCACGUUGCCAAGACGCUGGCCGAUCAGGUCGCAGCGGAUGGGCAGACAACGGCCGUCUUCCUGACUCCCGUCAACCUGGCGCUCAUCGCAGCAAUAAUAUACGCCAUCUACGGCCUCUUCCGCGCCCCGACGCCCGUGACCCUGCCACGCCCGGCCCCUCCGGCCGUCUUCCGCACAUACACGCCCCACACGCUGCUGCCCUUCAACGGGUCCGACGGCGGACCCGUCUUCUUCGCCGUGCGUGGCAAGGUGUUUGACGUGUCGCGCGGGCGCAACUUUUACGGCCCCGGAGGUCCCUACUCCAACUUUGCUGGUCGCGAUGCCAGCCGCGGUCUCGCUUGCGGUAGUUUCGACGAGGAUAUGCUCACCAAGGACCUCGAUGGGCCGCUCGACUCGCUCGAUGAUCUCGGUAGGGACGAGCUCGAGGCCCUCCAGGGCUGGGAGGAACGCUUCAAUGACAAGUACGAUGUCGUCGGGAGGUUGGUGUCUGUUGAUGAGUAUGCCAAGGAGAAGGGUACGGCAUGA